AUGGAUCAAGGAAUCAUUAAGAAACAUAAAGUGAAUCACCGGCGGAGUAUUAUAAAAAGAUUGCUCAAGGCUUCAGAAGGGAAAAUAAGGUUGCCUGAUUUUAAUUUAUUGGAUGCUACUUUUGACUUGAACAAAGGUUGGGCUAAUUUCACUAGUGAUACAACUGCGAGUUGUCUUCGAAAGGCUGGCUUCGUGAAAGCUAAUGUGAAAAAUUGUAAAACACAAGAACAAGACGAAAAUUUAUCGAAUGGUACUUCUGAAGAGUGGGAUGAUCUACAAAGAAUAUUGGGCUUCACAGAAGUAACUUUUGAAGAUUUCAUUGAUGUGGACACUAAGGUCAUUAUUGCCAAUGAACCUACAGAUAGUGAGAUAUUGGAUAGCAUAAACGCACAAGGACCUUCAAAAUCUGAUGAUGAGAAUGAUGUUCUGAACCCAAUCUUCGCUGCUUUAGACAUGGUCUAA